CAUAUCACGCGAUAAUCAAGAGAUGAUUGAAGUGUUAAGAAAUCUGGGUCAAAUUUGCCGAUUUAUUCAAUGUAUAAAGCUAAGUAUAAAUUGACUGCAGCACACUGGAAUUCCUAGAGCAAGAUCAGAUGGCUGCUGAGGACGUCACAAUGUCUGCUGUACUCGAGUGUGACGGUGUCAUCAACCCUGAGGACCCGGAUGUCGGCCUGAGGAAGAUAUUCAAAAGAAUCAGACCGAAUUGGGCGGCGGAGAAAAUAGAGUUCAAAUCCCUUUCCAAGGAGGGCUUCGUUAACACUCUACUACUCGCCACUCACGACGAAGACAUCUCAAAUGCAGUGGUUAUUCGUAUCUAUAGCUCGUCUUUUGAUUCCUUCCUUGACCGAAAGAGGGAGGUUGCCGCCUUGAAAGUGUUCAAUGAAAGAGGGUUGUCACCGCGGACGUACUGUGUCUUUAAGAACGGGGUCUGUAUGCAGUAUCUACAGGGGAGGACAUGGCCAUGGGAGGAGUUAACUGCGGGCGAGUUCAGCAAUGUGAAGAUCAUGAGAGCAGCGGCAAGAGAGUUAGCUAGAUAUCAUAGCAAGAAGACAAGUGAUAUAGCCUUAGGCAAAUACGGAGAGAUGUUUUCAUGGGAGGUGGAGAUGAUAGCGAUACAGAAGAAGGUGAUGGACCAUUGGCCAGAUCAUGGUUACGGAGAUGCGAAGACUGAUGAAAUUUUUAAGCAGUAUCCCUCGAAGGAGUGCUGGCAGGCCGCAGUUAAUGAAAUCAUGGUGGCAUUGCGUGAUAAUGGCGCGCCGAUUGCGAUGUGUCAUCUUGAUGCUACCCCAGUCAACAUGUUUUAUAUGGCUGAAGAAGAUCGGGUGAUAUUCUUCGACUACGAGUUGUCGGCCUUUAACUUCACCCCCGUCGACUUCGCACGCUUUCUCCAGUUUUCGGCGAGUGGUCUUGAUAUUGACCUCUCGGAUGAGAGGAGGCACUCUGACGCCGUUAGAUCAGAAUUCUUCCGGGCAUACCUCGAGGAACAGAAAUUACUUGGAGAUUUUGAUCGUGAUAUCACCGAGAAGGAAGUUCAGCGACUGUCUGUCCUCACCGACAAGGCUGUCCUGGCUGAUUACCUUUUCGACUCAGCUAUGACGAUCAUUAUAGCACAAACAGUUGUUGUCAACUCUACAUUUUCCAGAAAGGACUUAAUUGAGUUUGCAGUGAAGGAAUAUACUUGGUACAAACUACACAAGGAGAGAAUUUUAGCUUUGGAAGUUCCAAUGUGAUGAUGUGACAAAUUAAAGUACAUGACUGUAAAGGUGUAGGCUGCGUUGAAAAUUAAGACAAAUAUGUUAGUGUUAUCAUUACUUUAAUUGGCCUUAACCUAUCAACCGCCCAGAAAGCUGUAUUGUAAAGGUCGCAGUUAUCAAGAUUUGCCCUUGUAACCCUUUGAUUGGACUGAAGAACAAUGGCGAUUUAGGCCAAGGUGCGAGCAGCUUUGUUUACAAUACAUUGGACUUGGCCUGUAACCCUUUGAUUGGACUGAAGAACAAUGGGGAUUUAGGCCAAGGUGCGAGCGGCUUUGUUUACAAUACAUUGGACUUGGCCUGUAACCCUUUGAUUGGACUGAAGAACAAUGGGGAUUUAGGCCAAGGUGCGAGCGGCUUUGUUUACAAUACAUUGUACUUGGCCUGAAUUCUUUCAGCUGCAAGUUCUAUCCUUAGAAAACGAUUGCUAUUCAUGACUUUAAACCUUCAAACCUACCAUAUUGUUUUUGGAUACACCCUGUACAGCAGUGUAUGAAUUGUUCAGUUACUAAAAUGAUUUUCAAAGUAUCAAAUAUGAUAUCGAUUGAAUUAUUCGGAUCGCGCGAUAUCGGGAUUAUUUAUUGUCACCGGAUCAGCAGAUUAUCAUAUAUUAUGGCUACCCAUAACAACUUUGAUGACAUGAAUGAUGCAAGGAAGAAUGCUGAUCACUGUGUUUUCUUAUACAUUUGCUUAUACAUUGUGUACCUAUAAAACAGUUGGUUUCCUAAUUGCUGUAUUCAGAAGUGUACGUGCUAAUGACUUCCAUUAAAUUCCUGCAGUCCUACAUCAGUCACUGAGCACAAUCAAUAUGAUUACCGAUGUAUAACUUGUUUUGUGCUACAUGACUGUCAAACGUUUCCCUGGCAUCCUUGAAGAAGACACGGUACUAGUGUCGAAAGCUUGACUCAACAAAAUACUAAAUCGAUCUACAAAAAUUGGUGUUCAUACUUUCUUUCUGAUAUUGUUCAUCUUGAUCGACACGGCAUCUUCCUAUUCUCUUUUCAAUAUGAAACACUGUCAGCGUGCAAUGUACUUAGGAUAAAAAGACUGAAAAUGUCUAGUUGGGUUUUAUUCUUCAUUUAAAACUAGCAAAUAUGCUUUCUAUUUCAAGAAAAUAUCUCAUAAAAAGAAAAAGUUAUGAGCUAUCAAAGUUAUGUUGCAUUAAAAAUAGGACUGCUAGAUAAUGAUAUGAUAUGAUGUCAUAACAUGUACUCCAACAUAAUGAGAUACUUAAUUCUUGAAAUACUUGCUAUAUGCUUCACGUACCAUUUUGAAAAACAUAUUUUGAACAAUCAGGCCCUGGGGAAAAAUUAGC